CACAUCUGACGAGAACAGGUGCUGCAGAUGUUGGCGACUACACGAGCAUAAGAUAGUACACGAUGAAAGGAAGAGCUGUCUUCGCUAUUCGAUAUCUACAUUGUGAACAACAGUAAGUUUCCUUACAAAAUGCAAAUUUUCUAGGUACGAUUCUUCAGCGACGGGGUUCUUGUUAGAUUCCUUUCAAAGUACUGUACAAAAAGCAGCAUUGAUACAAUUACCCUCGUAUAAUAACCGUCCUCUUCGUCAAAAGUAUGGUGCAGCUGAGUAAAGCCUAUUUGCGGUACGAGGCGGGGGCCCAGUUUGGCGUCAUUCAGUCGACGAACUGCAAUUUACUCCUUUCCGGGUGCGGGAAGUACCUGUUCACCUGCUGCAACGAGCGGAUCGUGUGCUGGAGUUUGAAGAAGAGCGAGGCGGUCUUUUCGUUUGACGUGAACACGAACGUGCCCGUGAACCACGACUCCGCGACGUUACUGGUCUCCGUCACCCGCCUCGGAUGGCUCCGCGACGGACACUUGCUGGUGGCGGGUUACGCAGACGGGACCGUGCGGGUGUGGGAGUUGUCGUUGAACACCGCUAGUGCGGUAGACCGCGGGUACGACACGUUCGACCUGAAACCGCCAAAACUCAAGGUCACCUUCCACGGACACAAGAACCAGGUCAGCUGUCUCGGGUUUAAUAUCCAGCACGAUGCAGCGACGCGGGCGAAGAACUCCGGAAGUGGUGCAGCCCUCGCACGACAGCAGGAACAACAUCAGUCUGGCGCAGCAAGUUCAUCCGCGGUGGCGACGAGUAGUGCCGCCGCCGGAGCUGCUGCGUCCCAGCAGCUGCUUGCAUCGGGCGGUUUUGACACGGACAUUGUGGUGUGGGAUGCGCUGGCGGAGGCCGGCGUGUGCCGGCUGCGCGGGCACCGGGACCGGGUAACCGGAUUGUCCUUUUUGAGCGCCGACCGGGUUGUGUCCUGCGCCAAAGACCGGUGCGUCAAGCUGUGGGAUGUCGCGACUCAGGUGUGCCUGCAGACCAUCGCCGAGCGCGCCGAGUUGUGGAGUCUUUGCGCAAUCCAGGCAGACGAGGUGUGCCCGGGAAAGCAGUUGGUCGCGGUCGGCGGGGGAGACCACCUGCUUCGGUUGUAUCAACUUGGAGAAACACCAAGUAGCAAGACAAAUGCUGCCUCAAGUAGCAAGGGAGAAAUCAUUUCGGCAACAUCAAGUAAAAACGAGAACAACUACAGCGACUACCGCCUUGCGGAAUGGGGCCAGCUGCAACGCGAAAUCACCAACGCCGCCUGUUCCUCGCUGCAGUUGGUGAAGCUCGCGAACGAGGGUGGCCGACUACUGGUAUGCCAAAGCAACGGGAAAACCCUGGAGGCCUUCCGCCUGCACGACGAGAAAGAGAUCGACAAGCGACGGAAGCGGCGGAGGAAGCGCGCGCAGGAGAAGCAGAAGAAGAAGGCCAACGCGUCAAACACAAAUGUCCUGGCCGUCGACGAGGAUGCGUUACUGGCUGCGGGCGCGGCGGCGGAGGAGCAUUUGGACAAGACGCAGGCCGCCAUGCAGCCCACAGACGCGUUCACGCGGUUGCCGGUGUACCGCGUCCCCGCGAAGCUGCACGGCAUGGCGUGGGCGCAGGGGCGGUGCGCGCUGGGCCUCGCCAGCAACAGUGUGCAGGUGCUGGACAACGUGCAACUGCCCGAGCUGUCCGCCACGGAGGACUUGAACCGUCUCACGCCUUUGGUGGUGGAGAAAGCCUUCGCGCUCGAGCGUCCCGGGCACCGGAACUGCAUCCGCGCAGUGGCGGUCAGUCCGGACGACAUGCUGAUUCUGUCCCUCGCCGCGGAAAGCAUCAAAAUCUGGUCCACCCAGACCCAUCAGUGCCUGCAGACGCUGCCGAGCGGGUAUGGCCUCUGCGGCUUCUUUCUGCCGGGAAACACGCACGUGCUGAUCGCCACGAAGACCGGGGACUUGGAGCUUUACGACCUCGGCGCCGGCGUCCUCACGCAGAAGCACAGCCUGAGCGCCGAGGGCCGCGCGCUCUACGCCCUCGCGCCCACCCCGGGCGAAACCGGUUUCUGCGUCGGCGGGGCCGACCGGCAGGUCACUUUCUUCGAGUGGGUGUACUACACGCAAAGCGAUUUGGGAACUAGUAGCUCAAGCGACAACAUCAGCGCGAAGAAAAAGCAAAAGAAGCAGAGCAAACAGCCCGAUGCGAACGCGGAACGGAAAAUUCUGCAGUUCAGAAAAGUAGCUGCGCAGCUGCAAAAUCUUGAUCCGACGGAAGAAGAGGUUGAUGAUCCGGAAAAUAAGGAAGGGCGCGCCGGAAAAAAUUCCGGCGUCGAAGCAGGUACUACUUCAUCUAAGCAAUCCAGCCUCGACAUGCCUGAUGACGUGAUGGCGCUUGCCUACGGGAAGGACUGGCUGGCGGUUGGCAUGCUGGAUAACAAUGUGUCAAUCUACUAUGGCGACAGUCGGAAGCACAACCUUUCCCUAUAUGGUCACCAGCUGCCGGUCCUGUGCGUGGACCUCACUUCGGACCAGCAAAUGGUCGCGUCGGGAAGCGCGGACAAAACCAUCAAACUCUGGUCCACGCGGUUCGGAAACUGCCACAAGUCUCUGCGCGCGCACGAGGACAGCGUCAUGUGCGUUCGGUUCGUGCGGGAAACGCAUUACCUAGUGUCGUGUGGCAAGGACAAGGCGGUCAAGACGUGGGACUGCGACACCUACGAGCUCAUCGCGAACUUAGGUUACCACACCGGCGAAGUCUGGGGCAUGGGCCUAUCGUACUCAUUCUAAAACUUUUGAAGGAGUUUUUUUGCAUUAUUCGCACUUGAAAUUUUUUUUUGUCGAAAAAAUGUAUCUGCAGUUCAUGAUUUCGCCUUCCUGUAUGCUUUACCGAUCGAAGAAGAUGCACCAAAAAAUGCACGUGCUCGACAAUCGGUAGUUGUACAACAGCGCAGUCACUUCAUCGCUCCGACCGAUAAAAAAAACCAGGUACGACGGCGCGUUUCUCGUAACGGGGGGCGAAGACCGCGCGCUGCGGUUCUGGCGACGGACGGAGCAGCAGUUUUUCGCGCACGAAGAGCGGGAAAAGGAGCUGGAGCAGCAGAUGGAGCAGGAGGCGGUCCGCGACGAUUUUGGUGCGGGCACGGUGGAGAAUCUGCGGCCGACGCGCAAGAACCUAGAGGUGAUCAAGACAACGGACAAGUUGAUGGAAAUUUUGGACCGCGCGGACGAGAACGUGAAGAUGGGACUGGACAAAACGCGACAGACAGCGAUCGUGAAGUCGGUCAAUACCCUGCUCCCAGCGAACAUUUACGAGGUUCUGCUCGCCCUGCCGUUUUCCCACUCACUAGACAUUCUGGAAACCGUCGCGCGCUUGCUGGGCUCUCUUCUCGAGGAGCAGGGGACGACGUCGAGGACCAGCGACGGUGUUGAGGAAAGUUAUAAAGCCGACUCUGGUCGUCGUGCCCAGGAGGAGGGCAAGAACCCGAAGCAAUUGGUGGCGGAAAAUAUUAAAGGCAAGAAUUAUAGCAAAGGCGAUACAACUUCUUGCUGCACCAAGCAGCACCAGCUUUCCCUGCUGACGGAGACGACGAUUCGCGCGACGUUGAUCCUCAUCCACGUGCACAGCAAGCAGCUGGGGCAGAACGCCGAGUACGUCGAGCUGCUCAUCAAGCUGCGCGACGGCAUCCGCUCCUUCGUCCAGCGACACAUGGAAAAUGUGGGCGUCAACGCGGCCGCUAUGGAAUUCUUCUUGGAAGAGAUGAAAUUUUCCCAAGGAACGGGCAAUUUUUUCGGCGCUCGAGGACCCACUUCGACAGGGACGAAUAAGCGGACGGGGGGGAAGGAAGCUUAUGCACGCGGAAACUCGACGAAAAAAAUGAAAGCAAAAUGAUGCUGGCAUUCUGUGGUCUCUGCAGGCAGCUAUAUCAGCUUGCAAGAAAACGAAAAUACUCAAAAGAGAUGAAUCGCCUAAGAACGAGCACUUGCUACACUGCAAAGGAAAUUUCUCAUUACAAAAGGAUACGGAU